AUGGAGUACAUCUAAAAAAUGAUAAGACCUUUUACAGAUCGCUCUAAUUACUACAUUCAACCUCCCAAUGCAUUCAAGAGGAAAGAGUCAAAACACACUCAUGAUCCAUAACAAGUUUUGUUGUAUAUCAAGCAGAUCUACUUCGCUCUACAAACACAACAGGUUAAUUAAGUGUUCUGAUCAUUUUAGAAUGUUAACAUGUCCUUUCUUAAUCCCAAUUAUUUUUCAGAUAUCCAAUCUGAUCUCAAUCCAGAAAUGAGAGCUUAGAUGGUAUUGCUCCCCACAUAACCUUAAUAGAUAGACGAAGUUCAUAAGUUAUGCACUGCUCACAAGGCUUAGCGAAGAACCUUCCAUCAAACCAUUUAUUUGCUCGAUGUUUAUUUAAGUACAAAUAGAAUAUUUACCGCUCAAAUCGAUUCGAUAUACAAGACAUGCUAUUUUGUUGCGUCCAAGUACGAAGAAGUAUUCGAUUCUCUUUUACUAGAUCUAUCCAAGUCCGUUGUGGAGAUAUACACACGACAGAGACGAGAUGCAAGAGAUAUUUUAGAUCGAAAAAGAAUUAUUAUGCAUUCUCGAUUUUAAGUUGGUCACUGCAUCCUCCUAUGUUUGGUUAAACUACUAUUGGACAAUUAUUAACAUUGCAGAGAAGACUUCCAAUUGGCUAACCUAUUCCUUACUCUUGUUAGAUGUGGCAGUUUACAAUAUCAAUAUCAUCAAAUAUGAGCCAUCCAAAAUCGCCUGUGCUUCUCUCUACACUAGUGCCAUCAUGUUGAAUAUAUAGAUGAAUUGGAAUAGUUUUGCAUCUUAAUUUGGACUGCAUUUCUAACACGAAAUUAAAGUAAUGAUAAGAUUUACAAUUUAGGAAAUUUCAAACCUAAUUAUGAUAACAUUGAAAGACAGUGUAAAUUCAAAAAGAGAAAUUGUCAAGCAUAUGCAACUGCAGAAAGAAAGAGAACUCUUUUGA